GUGCGUCGGUCGACUAAUGUCGCGGACGCCGCGCGACUACGAGAAGCUCAAGGAGGAUGAGUGGGACUUUGAUGGCGUAGGUCGCGAGUCGCUGAACGACUUUUUGGACGAGGACAAGGCCUUCGAGUUCGUGCCUGUGGGAGCGUCGCCGCGCAAGAACGAGCGGUCGAAGCGGCUGGCUGGCGGAUACAUC